UCCCCCGACGUCACUUCCGGCGGAUGUGGAGCAAACUCUCACAACACCGAGCUACAGCUGCGGUCGGAAGCUAGCGCUAGCCGCGUCCAUUGUCCGUGGGUUUAACGACACAAACAGAGGGGAACAUGUCAGACACGGAGACGAAACCAUCCAGCCAAGACGGGGGAGACAAGAAGGAUGGAGAGUACAUCAAGUUAAAAGUGAUUGGACAGGACAGCAGCGAAAUCCACUUUAAGGUUAAAAUGACGACACAUCUGAAGAAGCUGAAGGAGUCUUACAGCCAGAGACAGGGGGUUCCAGCAAGCACGCUAAGGUUUCUGUUUGAAGGACAGAGAAUCGCAGACAACCAAACUCCGAAAGAGCUGGGUAUGGAGGACGAGGACGUCAUCGAGGUCUAUCAAGAACAGACUGGUGGACUUUGGAACGAUUAAACCUCCUGCAUUUAAUUUUUUUUUUUUUUUCUUAUUUUGUAUUUUAUUUUGUAUGUAUGUACGUAUUUUUUAGUUUCAAACCAUCUGGAUCAAAACCUACUCUUAUCAGGGCUUCCAUGAAUGAGGAAAGAUGAACAGACUGAGGUAAAGACGAGGAACAGGACAGCGAGUAUCUGGUUCUCUGAAGUGCAGGGACGCUCAUGUUGUUGACCCGAGCAAUAGCAUUCAACGCGUGGGUUACACCCAAAGUCACACAGACAAAACUGCUUUUGUUCAAGGUUUUUUUUAGUCCCGUUUUUUUUGGGGUGUCAGCAGAAGCAAAUAAUGCUGUCAAGGAACAAUCUGCAUUAAAGGAAUAGUUCACCCAAAAAGGAAAAUGCUGUGAGCUCAUCACGCUUAUUACAGCGGUAACAGGUCAUCAGCAGACGACGUCACGCGGUUAGUGUGCAGCGCCGUGUCCGUGUUCUACAAAGAAUUACAAGAUAUUAAAACCAGAAAAGUGAUCCAUCCUGUAUCAUUUUACUGCUCUGAAGCCAAAUGGCACCAAGUGACCAAAAAGUUGAAUAAAUCGUUAUUUGUUUUUAAAAUUUAGUAAUUGUUCUGCACACAGUUUUGGAAAUUAAUGUAAUAACCAAAAAGUUAAAGUUGUUCAAUUCAAAUUGGAUAACGUCAGGAUGUGGCAUCCUGUGUUGCUGCGCUGUGCGACUUGCAUUGGUGCAAUUCGGAGGAUUUUUGUCCUCAAAGUGAUUGAAAUGCUUUGACUUUAAUACUAGUUAAUCAAUAAGCAUUUAUUUGACUAUUAUAGAAACAUGAGAACACCUGUUGCAAAAAAACCCACAAAGGUCCACCUGGCUUCUUAAGUUUGACCUCGCUGAAGCAAAGCUGGGUCUGCUGAGCAAAUAGACUUUUGGAUGCACUAUUCCUUUAAAUCUGUGUUUGACGAGCAGUGAUCAAAAACACUGGCACCAUUUUCUUUUUUUCUGAUACGGGACAUUGAAAAAGCUCGAUGUCAAAGAUGCAGUUUGGCCGUUCAAUCCGCACAUCUUCUGUUCAACAUUCUUAGCAGUGAGUCACUAGGAAACGUUCUGAUAUCCAGCUGGAUUACUGGUCAGACCUCAACACCACAUAAUGGAAAGGAGUUUGUCAACACUUCUUUCAGAAUAAUUUGCAUUUACAGCCUGUGUGCCAUUUCAGAGGAACUGCACCCGUCACCAAACAGUAAAAUGAUUAUUGACCUGAUGCAGUAAUAUUUUAGAUUUCAAAAACACUUUUUAAAUGAUAAUUGUGCUUUACUUGUAUAUGUUGGAUUCAGUAUUAGAGUGCGUUUGAACGAUAUGCCAAAUGUAUCUGCAGCGUCGUCUUUUAUUUAUAUUUGAGGGGUCGACUCUGUAGAUACAUCUGAACAUAUACCCGGAUGGAAAUAUUUUUGCUUGCCGACAGUCAUGCAGUGUUUGUUUUAGGAAAGAUCUUGCAGAUAUUCAUCUCCGAACAAUGACAUGUUAUACUGUGGUGUCGGCGCUUGUUUUUGAAGCUUUUCCUUUUGGAAAGAAACUCUCACUGUGUGUGCUGUAUGACGCUCCUCAAGAAGGUUAGAAUCAUGAGCAGCCCCAAACAAACAUGUUGUUUCACUCAUCACAAACUCAACACCAGGUUUAAGCUGCAGUGUGUGAUGGUUGAACCACAGCUCAGUGCUCUCAAUACAAAGUCAUGCCAGCUGCCUCUACUGCCAUACAUUAUGUUUUCAGCAUCCAUAAACAGCAGAAAGCUACUUUUAAAAGGACCCAUCUUCUCUAGAUGAAGUGAAGCAUUGAUUAUAUUCAAUUGUCAGGUUGAGGUGUCCUUAUAAGCAAAAGAUUUUCUGUUCAUGUUUUCCUUCGUGCGUCGGUGAACUCCACCCAAACCUCCACACAGGAAGUGCUGUGACUUGAGCCAUAACACUGAUCUCAGUGAGGCGGAGGGACUGUUCAUUAUCAGAGGAACAUUGAUACAGAUGGUUUGAAAUUCUGGAGAUGAGCUUGUUGCUUUUUUUGAAUAAAAUAUUUAAGAAAAUA